CACCCGCUCACUCACAGUACAAAGAUAAUAACAGCAGAAAGGGAGAGGGAGAGAGAAGAAAGAGAGCUUGGUUUUGACGCUGAAAGGGAGAAAAAAUGGUGAAUCAUAUGCUAAUGAUAACAGCUGAUUUCGAGAACAUCGCUAGCCUCCAGCCUCAAGGCGGUUGCGAUGAUCCUGAUUUCUCUUACUUCUUCAAGAUUAAAUGUGGAAGGUGUGGAGAGGUGAGCGAGAAAGAAACAUGUGUGACUUUGAAUGACACUGUUCCACUUCUUCAGGGAAAGGGAACUGCUCAUCUCAUUCAGAAGUGCAAGUUUUGUGGGAGGGAUGGAACUGUGACAAUGAUCCCAGGCAAAGGCAAACCACUGACCCAGGAACUGAGUGAGGGAGCAAAAUAUGCCCCAUUGAUGUUAUUUGACUUCAGAGGUUAUGAGCCAGAGGGUUUUGUGUUCAGUGGUGCAUGGACAGCUGAAUCUAUUGCAGGGACAAAAUAUGAAGACAUUGACUUGUCUGGAGAGGACUUCAACGAGUAUGAUGAGAAGGGAGAGUGCCCAGUCAUGAUAUCCAAUCUCCGUUCCAAAUUUGAAGUGGUGAGGUAGAAUGGUUGUUUUUCCAGAUGCACAGUCCUGGUAAAUAAGAGCAAUUAAUCUCUUGCUGAUGAGGUAGAAAAAUCAUUUGACUACGGUAAAUAUAGUGGCCAUGAGACCAAUGUCUGGCAGCGGAUUGAUGCGCCAUUUCUGAAUUAUGGUUGAUUAUCUGCCAAAUUAUCAAUGAAUCACACCAUGGUUGACGCUUGUGAAAUGCGUUUUUUGGUUAUAUUUUUCCAAUAAUGUUUAUGAUUUUCUUUGAUGCCUAUUGAUCUGGGCAUGCGGGCCAACAAAAUUUAUUGGGUCUUAACUCAGCAGGGAAACUCAGCUGAAUUGUCUCGAGUGACAAAUUUUCUCAGCACCAUAUUUUGCUGGGUGCGGAAAGGCAUGUGGAAUCCGUGGCGUGGCUUGUGGCUUGUGAGAAAUGAUUACUGUUUAAUUCUCUUGCUGAGUUCCUGUUAA